AUGAAGGACUACGAGCUCGUCCUCUCCCUUUGGCAACGCCUUCGCGCCAAACACACCGUGACGUGGAGGCAUGUGAAGGGUCACAGCGACAACAAAUGGAACGACUACGUCGACGAGCUAGCUACUCGCGGCAGGCAGGGUGACAGAGGCUCAAACGCUGCCGAGUGGGCGGACGACACCAUCCCGACGGACACUCCCGACGAGGGAAGCAACGCGGAGGGGGGCGACAGCAGUACCAUUGGACACGGAGCAACGGGCGGCGGCCAGGACUCGGAGAGGCAAGAUGGUAGCGACACCGACUGGUAUGUGCUGCUAGAUUUCACGGAGCUGAGCUCGUAUCUGCCUUUGGUAAGCAGUUUUGAGUUCGGUAAUGUCUGCGGUAAGCUAUUUCCCAAGUACUCGUAA